CUCCAACUUGCAUGUAGUAUAUCAAUACAUACUGUCAUUGAGUGAGAUCAUCAAUUCUAAGCUCUGAAUUAAGUGAAUUUUGAUCUUUUACCAUACGAGAUCAAAUGAUUAACAUGGUAAUACAAAAUAUUGCCAUUUUAUUUUUAUUAAUAACACAUACAUUAUGUGCACCAAGUGGAUGCAUAGAAUCUUGUACUUCUUAUCUGACACAAUAUCAAACUUCUGGAAGUUUUCAAAAACAUGCUGAUUUAUCACAAACUGCUUCAUAUUUACAAAGUCUUGAUUAUUCAAAACCUGGAACAUGGUCUGAACAUAAAGACUAUAAUGUAGAUAAUGGACAUGGAAAAGUACAUGAAGAACGAGGCCAAUAUGUCGAAGGUCCUAAGACAGUAAGAUAUUAUAAGAAAAAUUAUUCUUCUUAUGAUACAUGGUAUCCUGUUGGUGAGAAAAUAUCAAAUUUUAAUCAAAAUAAUAACAAACAUAUAUCCAAUACAGAAGACAUAGUUAAUCAACAUACUUAUAAUCAAAUGAGUAAUUCAGAAUCAAUUAUACAGCAAAAUAAAUAUAAUACAAUAAAGAAUCAACCACAUGUUGAAUCAUCACAUAGAAAAACUAAUGUUCAAAAUGAAAGACUUGAAAAUCUUGGAGAAUAUAGUAAAAAUUCACAGAUUAAUCAACAAGAUAUAUCUAAUCUAAAUACACAAAUUUCACAAGAACCUUAUCAUAUUAAUAUGCAGUCUGGAAAUUGGAGUACAAUAGAUUCAUAUAAAACUGAUGGAGGACAUGGUCGUGUAUUUGAAGAAAAAGGUCAAUAUGUAUCAGGAGCUAAAAAAAUUCGUUAUUAUAAAAGAAAUUAUACUUCUAAUUACAGUUCAUCUGAUGGAAUGCCUAUUCCUGAUUUUACUAAAAAUGGAAUGCAAGAUGUACAAACAAAGAUAGAAAAAUUUCAUAAAGAAAUUGGAAAAGGAUUUGAUCAAAUUUCUACACAAACCACAGGAUCCACUAAUAUUGGACAAACACAUUUUAAUAUUCAUGACUUGCCUACUGAUAAUAUUUAUAAUAAAAAUAGUGAUAAUUAUAGAGAUCAAUAUAACUAUAGAAGUUCAAGAACACAUCAUAAUGAAGAACAACAAUCUUCAGACAUAACAAAUGAACAUUUACCUUACAGGAAUCCUUACCAAAAUACUUAUGGUGAAAAUAGUUACAGUAUGUAUGAAAAACAUGAAGGAUAUGUAAAGAAGCUUCAACCAAUUAAUCAACUUAUUAAUCCUACAUCAGGAUAUACUAGUACAGUCAAUAUUGGAAAUAAUAAUUACAAUAGAAAUAAAUUUAGUGGAUCAAUUUUACAACAUACAGAUAAUUUACAACAUACAGAUAAUUUACAACAUACAGAUAAUUUACAACAAACAGAUAUUUUAGAUGCACAUCAAUCAAGAUUUGUUCAGAAUCAAAUGUUAGUCGACAAUUUAAGAAAUAAUGCGCAGAGUCAAAGCAGCAUAAUUCAUUCAAAUAUACCAAAACAAGUAUCUCAUUAUAAAGAACACUGGAGUUCUGGUCAUACAAAACAAGCAUCUAUUCCUCUAUAUUCUACAGAUAUUUUACAUAACAACAAAGAACAUUUUCAAUACAAUAAUGAUCAAUAUAACAACAAAUAUAAUUUAAAUCAAGAUAUACGAUAUGAUAGUAAUUUAAAUCAAUUUAGAGAAAAUGAUUUCAAUAGUGAUAGAAACAUAAUGUCACAAAAAUUAAUGACUAGUGCAAGUGAUUUAAGUGAAAUAGGAGAUACUAUAGAUUGUGCAUAUAAUUCACAACAUUCACAUGGCAGUUCACAAUAUUUAAAAAAAUAUAAGCGCAAUGUAAUGCAUAACAAAGAAGAUGAAGUGCAACAAAUAGUAAAUAAACAUGUUAUAGAUGAUUUUAAUCAACAAACUGAUACACAAAAUGAUGAUUUUACACAACAGAACUCAAGAAAUAAUGAUUUAAACCAAGAAUUACAACAAUCUUAUCAACCAUGGAAAUCAAAUCAACAAUUAAAUGAUUUUACCCAGCAAACAACUGAAACUGAUGACAUCAUUCAACAAACUUCUGGAAAGUUUGAAUUUGGUCAAGAUUCACAACAAAUAUCUCAAUUAUGGAAACCAAAUAAUGCCAAUCAACAAUUUAAUGAUUUUAAUCAGCAAACAAAUGGAUCUGAGGAUUUUACUCAACAAACUUCUGGAAAGCUUGAAUUUGGUAAAGAUUCACAACAAUCUUAUCAAUCUUGGAAACAAAAUAGUGAUAAUAAUAAUAAUAAAGAAGAUUAUACUCAGCAAAUAGGUAAUUUUGGUGAUCUUAGUCAAUAUGUCUCUAAAAAUCUUGAUCAAAAAUUACAACAAUCUUAUCAAUCUUGGAAAACAAAUAAUGCUGAUCAACAAUUAACUCAUCUUACCCAGCAAAAAGAUGGAUCUGAGAAUCUUACUGAACAAAUAUCUGGAAAACUUGAAUUUGGUCAAGAUUCACAACAAAUAUCUCAAUUAUGGAAACCAAAUAAUGCCAAUCAACAAUUUAAUGAUUUUAAUCAGCAAACAAGUGGAUCUGAGGAUUUUACUCAACAAAUUUCUGGAAAGAUUGAAUUUGAUCAAGAUUCACAACAAUCUUAUCAAUCUUGGAAACCUAGUAAUGUUAAUCAACAAUUAAAUAAUUUUGAUUGGCAAAUAAGUGGAUCUGAUGAUCUUACACAACAAACUUUUGGAAAGAUUAAAUUUGAUAAAGAUUCGCAACAAUCUGGAAAAUCCAAUAAUGCUAAUCAACAAUUAAAUGAUUUUUUCCAACAAUCAAGUGAAAUUGAUGAUUUUACACAACAAACUUCUGGAAAGCUUGAAUUUGGUAAAGAUUCACAACAAUCCUAUCAAUCUUGGAAACAAAAUAGUGAUAAUAAUAAUAAUAAAGAAGAUUAUACUCAACAAAUAGGUAAUUUUGAUGAUCUUAGUCAAUAUGUCUCUAAAAAUCUUGAUCAAAAAUUACAACAAUCUUAUCAAUCUUGGAAAACAAAUAAUGCUGAUCAACAAUUAACUCAUCUUACGCAGCAAAAAGAUGGAUCUGAGAAUCUUACUGAACAAAUAUCUGGAAAACUUGAAUUUGGUCAAGAUUCACAACAAAUAUAUCAACCAUGGAAACAAAAUAAUGCCAAUAAAAAAUUUGAUGAUCUUAUUGAGCAAACAAGUGAAUCUGAGAAUCUUACUCAACAAAUCUCUGACAAAUUUGAAUUUGGUCAAGAUUUACAACAAACACAUCAACCAUGGGAAUCAAGUAAUGCAGAUCAACAGUUAGUUCAUCUUACUCAAAAAAAUGGAUCUGAAGAUCUUAUUCAACAAACUUCUGGGAAAUUUGAAUUUGAGCAAAUAUCACAACAAACUUAUCAACCAUGGAAACCAAAUAAUACUAAUUUGGAUUUUACAGAGCAGAUUGAUGAUUUUACUAAACAAAGUACUGAUAAACUUGAAUUUAAUCAAGAAUCAGAAAAAGAUUCAUCUCUGCAAAUAAGUAUUAUACCAGAAUAUUUGGGAAAUGAUUCACAUUUUCCAAAACCUGCAGAUAAACCCAAACCAAGAUCAAGAUAUUCAAGAUAUGGAUCACAUCAUAAUGUACAUAAUAUCAAUGAUGAAGAUAUUAUGAAUCACAAUAAUGGAAAUAUUGAUGCAUCACAUAUUUAUGAAUUACCUCCAAACAUGGAUGUAGAAGCUGAUGAUAAUAAAGGAAAUCAAAAUACAACAACAAAUCAAGAAGAAAAUGAAAAUAUAGAUUUGUCUAAAAAUUUAAAUCAACAUAGUGGAAGUAAUUUAUAUGAUAUUGAAGGAAGUAAUGUAGACCAAGUAAAUUGGUUACACAAAUCAAAUGAUGCAACUGUAGGUUUACAAUGGCAUUAUACAUAUCAUCCAAGUGACCAAAGACAAUUUGUACAACAAACAGAACAAAAAGAUAAAGAAAAUUUGCAACAAUCAAUGCAAUCACAAUUUUUUAAUUUAGAACAAAAUUUAAAUAAAGAACCACAAAAUAAAUACAUAAUGGAUAAUUCACAUCAACAAUCAGAUUGGCAAUCUCAAAAUUAUAUAUCUAAACAAAAAGAUAAAUCUUUAAGAAAUGAUUAUGUUCAAAAUGAAAAUAAAUUUAUAUCUAAUGAACAAAUAAAAGGAAAUUUACAGGCAGAUGCUGGAAUUUUUAAAGAACCUAAAUUACAGCCAAGAAUCUUAGAAGUUUAUGGAGGUGGGCAAUAUGAUCCAACACAUAGCGAUGAUAUAUAUUCAGAAGUGACAAUAAAUCCUAGUGCUACAUUAGCAUCUAUAAGCAAUACAGAUCCAUGGGAUAUUAGAGAAAAACCAGAAAUAUUAACAACAACUGAACUAAUGCCACCAUUAUUAUCUGUAGAACCAUUAGACACAAAUAUUACUACUGAAGCACCUCAUUCAUCAUCCAUUUGGUCAAGAAUUAGUCAUAAAAUAGCAACUACAAUAGACAAAGCUAAAGAAAAGGCUAGAAAUAUUUUUGGAUAAAUAUAAAUUUUUAAAAACAAAUUUUUAAAAUAGAUAUCUAUUUAUAAGUAAUAUAUUUUUCACAAUAUAGAUUUUAAAUAAAAUUUAUCAGAUCUUUAUCAAGAUCAUUGAGAUUGUUUAAUAUUUAAUAUGUGGUACUAAUUUAAUAUAUUUUAAUAUAUUUAGGAUUUUAAUGUAGUAUUAUAAAAUUCUAUUAUUAUAUAGUUAUUAUAUAUUUUAAUUGUUAUUUAAA